UUAAAUUUCAUUUGUUACUAUAAUAAAGUUGUUAAAUUUUGUGUAUUUAUACGUCAUUAUUUAACGUAUAUUUUGGAGUUAAAGCGACAUAAUUUUAGUUAUCCAAAUUAGUUCUCAAAAUAUUUAAAAAUUUAGGUUUUUAAAUUUCGCGCCUUUACUACAUACGCUACCGCUACAGAAGCUAGAAAGUUCCCGUUUUAAUCUAAAGGGCGUGUUUCUAAAGAUAUAAGGAACAAGAAUUGCGAAAAAACUCUGAAAUAAUGGGAGGAGCUCUACUCAUACUCUCAGGAGAUUUUCGACAAACACUUCCAGUUAUUCCCAAGUCAACAUCAGCAGACGAGAUCAAUGCUUGCUUGAAAAUAUCACAUCUCUGGCCACAAGUACAAAUACUGCAAUUAACAAAAAACAUGAGAGUUGAAUUAUCAAGAGAUGAAACAACAGCACAAUUUGCUAAAAUACUUUUACAAAUCGGCGAAGGUACAUAUCCUACUGACCAAACGACCGGCCUCAUUGAACUUAAUAGUGAUUUCUGUAAUAUAGCCACUACUGAAGACGAACUAAUCGACAAAAUUUAUCCAAAUAUUAUUCAGAACUAUACUAAUGCAGAGUGGUUAUUUCAAAGAGCAAUUUUGGCCACUAAAAAUAAUAUUGUUGACGAUAUCAAUUUUAAUAUUCUAAAGAAAAUACCUGGUGAAGAGAAAAUAUAUAAAUCGAUCGACACGAUGGUAUCCAUUGAAGAAAGUGUCAACUUCCCCACUGAAUUUCUAAACUCUUUACAAGUACCAGGAAUGCCAUUACACUGCCUUCGUCUGAAAAUUGGAACUCCAAUCAUACUACUCAGAAAUCUCAACUCCCCAAAAUUAUGUAAUGGAACUAGAAUGAUCGUAAAACAGCUAUCGAAUAAUAUCAUUGAAGCUGAACUUAUUUCUGGAAAGACCAAAGGACAGACAGUAUUUAUACCUAGAAUACCUCGGAUCUCUUCGGAAUUGCCAUUUCAAUUUAAAAGACUGCAGUUUCCAAUAAAAUUAGCCUUUAGUUUUACAAUUAACAAAGCGCAAGGACAAACUUUAAAAUAUUGUGGCAUUAACCUCAAAGAAUCCUGCUUCUCUCACGGUCAGCUAUAUGUAGCUUGCUCAAGAGUAGGAAAUCCGAAAAAUUUAUGUAUAUAUACUCCGGACAAUAAAAUGAAAAAUGUUGUUUAUAAACAAGUAUUGUAAAUAAUGAGAAAACGUUUUCAAUAAACUUUUUUUUUACUUUUUACGUCAUAGUUUAUUUUUUUAUUUCGACUCUACCACGUCAUCUCAUAUCAACUCCCGGGCGAAGCCGGGUUUUUUAGCUAGUAUAUAAUAAAACUAAGUCGAUAAAAUGUGCAUGCCGAUAAAACUUAAAAAGGAGUCCCGACACGAUAAAGGGACUUAUAUGGUGUGAUAGCCCUUUAUCCCCCCUCGAACAAGAAAGUUCCCGUUUUAAUCUAAAGGGCAUGUUUUUAAAGAUAUAAGGGACUUUCCGACCCUUCAACUUGGAAAUUAAGUGCAGUGGCGCCAUCUGUUAUCGAAUAUUUGAACUUCGUUCAAGACAACUAUGGAGACUAUACACUCCAAUAGUCAUAGUGUAUAGUCUCCAUAGUUGUGAGCCAUUGCAGCAUGUGUAGUAGUGGCGCGAAAUUUAAAAUU